CCCUGUCUCUCAGAGUUACCUGAGUGCGUGUCUGUCCCCUGUCUCUCAGAGUUACCUGAGUGUGUGUCUGUCCCCUGUCUCUCAGAGUUACCUGAGUGUGCGUCCCUCGUUUGUCCCCUGAACUCCCGCUGUAUGGAAGAAGCCCUGACGGGACAGCUGGUGUGUCAGUGUCGCCCUGGUUACCAGAAAUCAGGAUCUCAGUGCGUGUCCAUCAACCCGUGUCUCCGGCAGGUUUGCCACGUCCAGGCGUCCUGUGUCCACACCGGUCCCAACCAGCACACCUGUGUCUGUAACCAUGGUUACAGCGGUGACGGACGGGUGUGCAUGGCCGUCGACCCGUGUCAGAGCGGACGGGGGGGCUGCUCCGCCGAGACGGCGCGCUGCGUUUACGACGGCCCCGGGACG